CUGGAUUUGAUAAGCCACAUUGCACAUGCACUAAACUUACCAUCUCCAUUCUACUUCCUAAUUACCAACAACAUUACUUCUGAAAUUAAUUAGCAGCUUGGUUGAACUUGGUAAAAGAUGUUUAAUGGUUAUGGCAGCCUUUCAAAUAGAAAAGGUAACAACAAAAGCUUCACGGAUUAUGACAGCUUGCCACCCAACACUACAAUAGCCAGUCCAUGCAUCCUCCCACAGAAAUCCCAGGACAACACAACUGAAAACGGUUUUAAAAAUGAAAUUGGAGAAAUCGAUAACAGCAGUGUAGCAGGCAUAUGCACUGCGGUGGUCCAUGCAACCUUUCCCAGCUGGACAAAUAUUGCUUUGAUGAUCUCACUGAUAUUCGGUGGCUGUUGUGCUAAUGUGUUUGCUCUCGAAGCUAUUAUCAAAGAACAGCCCAGCUCCGGUCCGCUGAUAACGUUCGCCCAAUUCCUCUUAACGGCGCUUUUUACAUUUCCAAGCUUUCUGUCAUUUUCCGCGGGAUCUCGAUUCCCUUUGAAACCUCGUGCCAUACCCUUAAAAUCAUGGGUGUUAUACACGGCUUUUUUUGUGACAGUCAAUCUCCUCAAUAACUGGGCGUUUGCCUAUAAGAUAUCUGUGCCAUUACAUAUCAUUUUACGUUCCGCAGGCCCCGUCGCUUCAAUGAUAAUUGGAUACUUGUUUAAUGGCAAAACAUAUUCCCAAGGCCAGAUAAUGGCGGUGGCAAUGCUUACCCUAGGUGUUGUCGGCGCAGCUUUGGCUGACGCUCAUGCCAAAGGGCAAUCAAUUGGGAUUGGUUCAAGCAAGGGUAAUCCUGCUGUCACUGAUACUAUUACUGGGUUCACUAUACUUGUCCUGGCCAUGCUUCUUUCCGCAUUCCAGGGAAUCUAUGCAGAUCGACUUUACGAAAAUCAUGGCAGGAAUCACUGGAAAGAAGCCCUUUUCUAUUCGCACAUGCUCUCGUUACCACUAUUCCUACCAACGAUGCCGCAACUCAUCUCUCAGUGGCGAGCUUUACUCACGUCGCCUCCAUUGCUUUCUGAAUUAUCUCACCCUAGAAGCCGGUUCUUUUCAACGCCUCCAUCGAAUGCCAUCGUAGGCAUUACAUCUAUGUCUACCAGCACCAGGGGAUCAAGAGCCACAUCCAAUUUUGGCAUUGUAUCGUCGCUGCUAGUUACCAUCCAGCAGCAUGGCUUGGUCCAGUCUACCCUUUUGCAGAUUCCAACACGGGUAGCUUAUCUUCUGAUGAAUGCUUUUACACAGUAUUUGUGCAUUCGUGGGGUUCAUCUACUCUCGGCCAAAUCAUCUUCCCUGACUGUGACGAUAGUCCUAAAUAUCCGCAAACUUGUCUCUCUUUUAAUCUCCAUUUAUCUUUUUGGGAAUGACAUAGCACCAGGUAUCUUUUUUGGUGCUACACUGGUAUUCGUGGGAGGUGGUUUGUACGGCUUCGAAGGUGCGAGACUGAAGAAAAAUAUCAAGAAAAGAGAUUAAUGGUAAGGAUAUAUCUUCAUUGAUGAUACUGUUGUUAUCUCGUGUGUUUUUAUUCUUGUUUUCCCCUCUAGAUAAAACUAUAUCCAUAGCUGGUGAAAAUAACUAAAGCUGUGCGCUUUCUAUCUAUUAGAGACUUUUAUAAUAUACCUUUUUUGGGGGGGUAAAACUAAGCUGGAGAAAAAAAAAAAAUGCCUUGUUAACAUGUCACUGAAU